UGAAGGUUUGUUUUUGCUUCCCUACUUUGGUUUUGUCAUCCCAGUUUCCAAGGAAUUAUAGGAAAGAAUGGGUAUGGCAAUAACAAGACUGGUGAAAUCGCUAUUUGCGAGGAAAGAAAUGAGAAUUCUGAUGGUGGGUCUUGAUGCUGCUGGAAAAACAACCAUUCUUUACAAGCUUAAACUUGGAGAGAUUGUUACUACCAUUCCCACCAUUGGAUUCAAUGUGGAAACCGUUGAGUACAAAAAUGUUAGCUUCACAGUCUGGGAUGUGGGAGGACAAGACAAGAUAAGACCACUGUGGAGACAUUAUUUUCAGAAUACACAGGGUCUUAUAUUUGUGGUGGACAGUAACGACAGAGAAAGAAUUACAGAGGCCAAAGAUGAACUCCAUAGGAUGCUCAGUGAGGAUGAACUACGUGACGCCACUCUGCUUGUAUUUGCCAACAAGCAAGACCUCCCAAAUGCCCUCACUGUUUCAGAAAUCACUGAUAAACUUGGCCUCCACUCACUUCGCCAGCGCCGUUGGUACAUUCAGGCUACUUGUGCCACAUCUGGGCAAGGGCUCUAUGAAGGUCUUGAUUGGCUAUCUAGCAAUAUCUCUACUAAGGCCUAAUUUGCAAUUGCAGCAAUAAAGGUCAGAUUAUCUGAAGAAAAAGACCUUUAUAAUUUCAUAACAUGUGAGAAGAGCAUGAAUACGACAUUAAAAGCUUUAAAAUUUUGAGACAUUUACUACUGUGAUAAUGUACUAGUAUAUAAUAUAUAAUGUUUUGUAUUACAAUAUGAAAGAAUGACUUU